CAGCAGGACAAUACCAGCCAGACCUUAUCAUAACAAGCGAGAUGGACCAGCACGGCGAGACAGCUUCCUGGGUAUUGAUGACAGUAGAGAAUGCAUGAUUUGCAGUGGAUAUACCAUCAUUUGCUCUACAUCCUUCCAUGUCUCUCGUCCAGACUACAUCAGGCCCCCAGCUUCUUCUACAUGUGCAGUGAGGCACCAUAGAGGAGUUGACCGCUUGACUAUUUUGGAGCCAAGCUCAAGCUUUCUAGGAUAUAUUGGGUUGCCCAAUGCAUGCACAGCAGUUGGUGUGACUAUUCUUUAUCUGCUGUGCCCAAGACCCUGGACGGUGGCGUCCAUAGCUCCCUGCAACAGUGGACGCCCCUUGUUUGUGGGACACGUCCAGAGUAACGCUGCCGUCCUCACGGGGCGCCGAGUGCAGAGGGAUCCACGCCACUUGGCUUCUCCCACUGCACCUGGACAUGGACUCAGUUUUUGGUGAUGACAUCAGCAUCAUUGCCCAGGAGACAUUGGUGCAAGAGGACGAGGAGGAGGAAGACGACUGGGUGGACAGUCCCAACACUGACCAGUCAGGGGACAUGUGCUCUGCUUCACAUUUUGCUUUAAUAACUGCAUAUGGUGACAUCAAGGAGCGUCUCAGUGCCCUGGAGAGAGAUAAUGCAAUGCUGCGCAGGAAACUCAAAGUCUAUGAAAUCAAGUAUCCUAUUAUCACAGAAUUUGGGGACGAGCAGAACUUUUCACCUUAUGAUAUUAAAGAAGGAUCUCUGCUCUGCAAUGAUGUCUCCCAGCAUGAGCUUCAAAAUUGCCAAGAAAAAGAAGAGCAGCUGGGAGAGAUAGUGCGUGCAUGUGAAAAGAUGUGCGCAGAGAGGAGCGAGCUGCAUGAGGAGUUAAGUGAAAUGAAGGGCCUUGUUCUGAGCCACGUAGCCCACAUCCAGUCUCUGGAGCAGCAGCUACAGAUGUGUGCCGAACCGCACCCUUUCCCAGGCUCUGCUCUCUCGGAUCCUGACAUGCAGUAUCUGUCGCUGCACCAUGGACCAGAUAUGCCACAUGUUUUAGAACAUCCAGUGAACUGGCAGGCUCCCCGCAGCUUGGACUUACAGCGUGAUAUGGCAGCACAGAGGAGAGACGCUGAGCUGGAAGAGGCAAAAAGAGAUUUGCAAAAUGCUCAACGCAGGGAGAAGCAACUAAAGGAAGAUGUUCUGCGUCUUGAAGAAGAGCUUAAACGACUGCAGGAGACCAAGGAGCAGGAACUGGCAAAUGGACAGACGCAGCGGGAGAUGGCAUGGCUGAAGGAGGUGGGAGACGACCAGGUGAACUUGGCCUUGGCGUACACUGAACUGACAGAGGAGCUUUACCGUCUACGUGAUCUUACUGCCCUGCAAAGCCGUAUUCUGAGGUCACUGCUAGAGGAACAGACAGGACACUCCCCUCCACAUCGACACUCUCCUCAGUUGCGCCACUCGCCUUCUUCUCUCCGCCACUCUCCUUCCUCUCAACGACGCUCCCCAGCCCCACAGUGUCCAUCUCCUAUUUUGCAGAGAAGAUCUCCUGUCCCACAGUCUCCAGUCCACCGUCGGUCCCCAGUACCACCUUCUUCACCCUCACGUAGAUCUCCUGUACCCUCACCAUGCCCAUCACCUGUGGGCACAGAUAUUUCAUAUCCUAAGCCCUCAGUGCACCAAGCAAAAGCAUCAUUCCAAGCCCGUCGCAGCUAUUCUGAGAUCAGUGAGCCUGCAAUGUAUCCACGAACACCCCGCUCCCUAUGGAUGCCAGGUGGAACUGCAACUCUGCCCAAGCAGUUGUCCUACAAUGAGGGGUAUGCCGGCAGCCCACCUACUGUCCCUUGCUUCCAAGAACCCCCACAGCAGUCCUCCGAUGAGGAUGAGUGGAGUCCCCCAUCCCCACCUAGUCCAGAACCUGGAGCAGUACGUUGUGCUUCCUUUUGUGCUGGAUUCCCCAUUCCUGAUGCAGCAAGUAGAAGAAUGUCAGCAUCAUACUCCAGAGCAGAACAUGCACAGUCCUGGCCAUCCAUCAAUUUACUGAUGGAGACAGUGGAUUCGGAAGUUCGGAGCUGCCCUCUCUGUCAGCUGGCUUUCCCAGUUGGAUACCCCGAUGAUGUUCUAAUAAAGCAUAUUGACUCCCAUCUUGAGAACAGCAAGAUCUAAUAGAUUGCUAAAUUUUGGGCCCUGGGAAUCAGAAAUGGCAAGUUUUGGGAUCCAAAACAAAUUUAAACACAUACUAAUGGCAGAACAGGAUAAUAAACCCAGUCCUUAUUAUACAGUCUUCAAGAACGUAGUAUGUUGUGUAAUGAUACUAAGUAUCUACAGUAUGACUGCAGAAUCCAGUAUAAUGACGGAUCCUGAACACGGCGAGUUGUACAAUGAGAGUCAAUGAUAAUUCGGUAACACAGAUGGGUAUUUAAUGCAAGUCUUUGCACAUUAUUAUAUUGAUGACUAGACAGUCACCUUUAAAGAACACUGUAAAGUGACGGGAAGAAUAUAUGCAGCCAGGAUCACAUUGCACAGGCUCUCUAGCUCUGGUGGAACCAAAGUCCCAGCAAGCUAGCCUCACCUAUGGCUGCACUACUGGACAUUGUGUUCCACAAAAGCUCAUAGUGAACUAAAGAGGGACUUUAGUAAUUUCUUAAAGGGGUUGUUCAGGUUCAGAGCUGAACCCAGACAUAUCCCCUUUUUCACCCAGUCAGCCACUCUGAUAUGAGCUCCAAAUCGCGCAGGGCAAGGGAAUUUUCUUGAGAUCAAGUGACAUACCAGGACCUCCAUUGGUAAGCUAGGCAGAGGCCUCCGCCUAUCAGUGAGCCCGGUGAUGUCACCGACACUAAUGCGCAGGCUUUAGCACUGCCCUAGCCUGCAAAAUAGGCUAGGGCAGCUCUAAAGCCUGCUCAUUAGUGCCGGUGAUGUCAUCGAAAACACUGCUAGGCAGUAGCCUCCACCUAGCAGUGUAAAAAAUAUAAACAAACAGCCCUUGCCCUGAGCGAUCCAGCGCAGGGCAAUGGAGAGCAUCAGAGCAUGAAAUGAUCCUAUGCUUAUGUCAGAAGGGUUGAGUGGGUGAAAAAGGGGAUGUGUCCGGGUUCAGCUCUGAACCCAGACAACCCCUUUAAAGGGAAUCUUAACAAACUCUUGGACUAUUAACUGCACUAAUAAAUGAGUAGUCUGGCAGAUCUUUUCCUACAGCUCCCAUUCUUCUGCUCUCAGGGCUCAAGGCUGCACUAAAAAACAUAGUUAGGACUGCUACGCGCACGUAGUAGUCUUCUCCAUUAUGUUACUGCACUGCACUAGUCUGAAUCAUGUAUUUGAGCACUGGCAGUAAGAAUAUAAAGAAUAAUGAUCUGGAUUCUGGACUCCUCAUCUGCAGUAAUACUCAUGUAGUACUGCAGUCAUAAUCCAAGAUUGUGGUGAUGACGGAUGCCCAUUAAUAUAUAGAUCUGGCAAACUUGACAUUCUCAAUGGCAUACAUUGUAUUAAAUGUCAUCUUACUGCCUGCUGAAUGAUGUAUGUAAAGUGAUAAAUGCCAAGUUAAAGUUUGCUACAUCUGUGUUAGGCCUCAUGCACAUCACGGAUGCGGACCCAUUCACUUGAAUAGGUCUGCAAUCCGGGAGAUGCGGUGCCCAAUGCAUGAGGCCUUAUUCAUAUUGCAAUUAGUUAUAUAAUAGGGUCCAUUGAAAAGGGUCCAGUGCAGUGCCUGUUACCCAUACACACUGAAGGAGGACAUUUUCUGGAAGACAUCUUGUAAUGGUGCUAGUUCACAGACCAGAGACCAACUGAAUGCCGCAGUAAUGCCCUGGCCAGUAAAGGGUUGUUUCCACCAAAUACAUUGAUCACCUAUCUACAGAACAGCUGAUACAUACUGUGUUAGAUCACUUGGGGUCCUGGGACCCCCGCGACCAUUAGAACAGGGAUCUUAAGUUCCUUGCUUCCUCCUCCAUGCGCUGCAGUGAGUGCAGUUGUGGCUGAACAUGUGCAUUGACACAUCAUACAGACUCUGUGACAAAAACCGCGUAUAGGAGUUGAUCAAUGUAAUUGGUGGGAAAACUCCAUUAGGGGUGUUUUUUUACAUAUAGGGAAGAUUUAUCAAAAC